AUGUCUGAGUGUAAGAAAAGAGAAAAUGUAGUUAUUUGUAAUGUUGUUUUGGACUCAUCACCAAGUUUGAGUAGUAUCAUUGAUGCAUGUAGAUUUAGUUCAUUUGAAAAGUUAAUUAUUAGUACUGGAUAUGUAUUUCGAUUUAUCAACAAUUUGUUAAAAACAAUUAAAAAGCUACCAUUAAACAAACAAGUUACUUUGAUAGAUGAAAAACAUCCUUUACUAUUACGUGGAAAAGAAAGUUGGUUUACAAUAUUACUGAUUCGCAACUGUCAUGAACAAGUUUUGCAUCGUGAAAUCGAAUCGAUAUUGAAUAAAGUACGAUCUCAAUUCUGGAUAAUAAAAGGACGAUCAACGAUAAAAAGUAUUAUUAGACAAUGUGUAACAUGCAAGAAAUUCCAAGGAAGAACAUUGUUACCACCUAGCAUCCUAGAUUUACCUGAUUUUCGAGUUAAUAAUUUAUAUUCCUUUCAAGCAACUGGUUUAGAUGAUGCAGGAAAUUUAUUUGUAAAAACAGUUAAUAAAGAUGCUGCCUGUAAGGUCUAUGUUUUACUAUUGACUUGCGCGUCUAGUCGAGCAAUCCAUCUUGAACUGACACCUGACAUGAAAAUUCCCGCCUUCAUAAGAGCUUUUAAGCGUUUUGCAGCACGAAGAGGUUUUCCUGAUCUUAUUAUCUCCGAUAAUUUUAAUACCUUUAUAUCUAAGGAAGUUAAAAAUUUUAUGAUGAAAAAAGAUAUGCAACAGAAAUUUAUUUUAUCAGCUUCCCCCUGGUGGGGCGGUUUCUACGAACGUUUAGUUAGAUCUGUUAAAAUUACAAUGAAGAAAACAAUUGGUAAGUCUCAUUUAUCUUACGAAGAACUAGAAACGAUGUUAUGUGAAAUCAAAUCUGUGAUAAACAGUCGUCCAUUAUUUUACAUGAGCGAGGAUGACACUGAAGAAGCAUUAACACCAUACCAUUUAAUGUAUGGACAAAAUAUUGUUAAUAAAAUGAAUGGAAUUAGUAUACUACCUAAUGAUAUUUCGAAAUUGAGCUAUAUUUAUAAAAACAACUAUGUUUUACUUUUGGAGAAGGUUUGCAACUUCUUAUCUUAA